GCUAUCGUACAUUCUUUUUGCUUCCAUCCAUUCACUAUCGCAUCGCUAAGCCAAAUCCUCCAACAUUAACUCUCUGAGACAGAUCUACCAGUCGAGUUUAAUUGAACCGGAUCCACACAAGCCAUUCUUAUCCAUCAACAGAAGAAGUCACCGAAAACAAGUGUGGAAGGGACUUUACCAGCCUUAAAAUUGCAAGGUUAAAGUAACUCCAAGAACAAACUGAACAAACGCAGUCUGCAAUUUUCCAACUGGACAUUGGCAUGGAUAAUCUGGAAUCUAAAGGUGGCAACAAUUCUGGUGGCUCUGAACUCAAAGAUUUUACACAUUCAGAAGAUGGACUGCAAAGAAAAUGUGAUAAUGAUGAUUUAGAAUGUACAAUGUACCAUGCGAACAGUGAUGAUGGAAGGAAGGAAAAUAAGGAGAAUUAUGUUGGAUCAACUUCCAUGUACAUGUCUGUGUUUAACCUGAGCAAUGCUAUUAUUGGCACUGGGCUCUUAGGCUUAUCGUACGCAAUGGCCAAUACAGGGAUUAUACCAUUUGUGUUCCUUUUAAUUGUUAUCGCCACGUUGUCACUUUAUUCUAUUCAUCUUUUGCUCCAGAUUUCAGUCUUGACAGGUUCCAUGGUUUAUGAAACACUGGGAGAACAUGCAUUUGGCAGACCUGGGAAAUUAGCAGUAUUUGGAUCAACGUCACUACAGAAUAUUGGAGCCAUCUUGAGUUACCUGUUUGUUGUCAAGAAAGAACUACCUGAGGUCAUCCAAUCCUUUAUUGGUCAAGACAGUUCUGAAGCAUGGUAUUUGAAUGACCGUAACCUUGUUAUACUUGUGACUUUAAUCAUCAUUCUGCCCUUGUGUCUAUUCAGGAAUAUAGGGUACCUUGGAUACACAAGUGGACUUUCACUCACAUGUAUGAUUUUCUUCCUAAUUGUUGUUAUCUACAAAUGGACACAACUUUCCUGUGAUACUUCAGUAUCAACUAAUAUUACAGACCUUGUUUGUACAAUUACGUGUACACCAAAAAGUUUUGUCUGGAAUGAUAAGACAGUUUAUGCUUUGCCCACUAUGGCCUUUGCCUUUGUGUGUCAUCCGUCAGUACUGCCCAUCUAUCGGGAGCUUAAAGAUCACACAUGCAAAAAAAUGCAGGUUGUUUCAACGAUAUCCUUCUUCUCAAUGUUUGCCAUCUACCUGCUUACAGCAGUAUUUGGGUACCUCACCUUCUACAACACGGUUAAUGAGGAGCUGCUUUUAUCUUACCGUGAUCAUCAUGACAAACUCAUUUUGAUACUUCGCUUGGCUGUAAUAACAGCUGUAGUUCUAACUGUUCCAGUCCUUCUGUUCACAGUCCGCUCUUCAAUUGUCUUGUUGGUGUUAAAGGGGAAAUUCCGAUGGCUCCAUCACUUUAUUAUUACAUUCUUUCUUCUCGCUGGUAGCAACCUUUUGGUUAUAUACAUUCCAUCGAUAAUGGAUGUAUUUGCUGUUAUUGGCUCGACUUCGGCUAACAUGCUGAUCUUCAUUCUUCCUGCUGCCUUAUAUUUAAAACUUGUAAAGAAUGAGCCUCAAAACAGCAGGCACAGAAAAGGGGCUAUGGCUUUUCUAGCUGUUGGGAUAAUAUUCAUGUUCGUCACUGUACCAUUGAUCUUUGUUGAAUGGAACAAAAGAAGCAGCAACAACACCAGCACAGGCAGCUGUUCUGGCCAUCACUGAUAUUAGUAACGGGAAGAAGACAAGGCAAGCUUUCUCAGCAGUACAAGGCCUCUGAAGAUACUUUGUUCAAAACAUUGUUUGGAUCAUCAGAGGUUAUGACACUUCUCGGGGUUUUUUUUGCACAAUGGUCAUUGCAAGAAAAGACAGCCCUAUUAAAAUUUGGAUAAUGUGAUCGUACACUCAGACACUUCGGAAGCUGCAGUCUUCAUAGAUGGACAACGAUAAGUAAAUUUUAAUUUUGCCCAUGUCUCAAAAUUUCAUAACUUUUUUUUUAAAAAGGGAUUUCCAGUAUUAAAUUCGAACUUGCUAAAGAGCUCCUUGAAGUGUCCAGUA